GUCCAUCAGCCCUGCCCACAGGUUUCCUACACCUGAAGAGAAUGUCAAGACGCAGUAGCCGUUUGCAAGCUAAGCAGCAGCCCCAGCCCAGCCAGACGGAUUCCCCCCAAGAAGCCCAGAUCAUCCAGGCCAAGAAGAGAAAAACAGCCCCGGAUGUCAGAAAGCGGAGCGAGGAGAAGGUCGCCCAGAAACAGCAGUAUGAGAUCAGGAAUUGUUGGCCACCUGUAUUAUCUGGGGGGAUCAGCCCUUGCAUUAUCAUUGAAACACCCCACAAAGAAAUAGAAACAAGCGACUUCUCCAGAUUUACAAAUUACAGAUUUAAAAAUCUUUUUAUUAAUCCUUCACCUUUGCCUGAUUUAAGCUGGGGAUGUUCAAAUGAUGUUUGGCUAAACAUGUUAAAGAAAGAGACCCGGUAUGUUCAUGACAAACAUUUUGAAGUUCUGCAUUCUGACUUGGAACCACAAAUGAGGUCAAUACUUCUAGACUGGCUUUUAGAGGUAUGUGAAGUAUAUACACUGCAUAGGGAGACGUUUUACCUUGCGCAAGACUUUUUUGAUAGAUUUAUGUUGACACAAAAGGAUAUAAAUAAAAAUAUGCUCCAACUCAUCGGAAUUACCUCAUUAUUCAUUGCUUCCAAACUUGAGGAAAUCUAUGCUCCUAAGCUCCAAGAGUUUGCUUAUGUCACUGAUGGUGCUUGCAGUGAAGAGGAUAUCUUAAGGAUGGAACUCAUUAUAUUAAAGGCUUUAAAAUGGGAACUUUGUCCCGUAACAGUCAUCUCCUGGCUCAAUCUCUUCCUUCAAGUCGAUGCUCUUACAGAUGCUCCUAAAGUUCUUCUACCUCAGUAUUCUCAGGAAAAGUUCAUUCAGAUAGCUCAGCUUUUAGAUCUGUGUAUUCUAUCCAUUGAUUCAUUAGAGUUCCAGUACAGAGUACUGGCUGCCGCCGCCCUGUGCCAUUUUACCUCUAUUGAAGUCGUUAAGAAAGCGGCAGGUUUGGAAUGGGACAGUAUUUCUGAAUGUGUAGAUUGGAUGGUGCCUUUUGCCAGUGUAGUAAAAAGGACUAGUCCAGUGAAGCUGAAGAUGUUUAAGAAGAUUUCUAUGGAAGACAGACACAAUAUCCAGACACACACAAAUUAUCUGCCUAUGCUGGAGGAAGUCAAUUACGUAAACACCCUCAGGAAUGGGGGACAACUGUCACCAGUGUGCAAUGGAGGCAUCAUGACACCACCAAAGAGCACUGAAAAACCAUCAGGAAAACACUAAAGAAGUUAACUAAGCUGACAAGUAUUCACUGAGUUUUGGGUAAAAUGGCAUUAAAAUGUACUAUCGUUUUACAGGAAAAUAGUGGCAGGACUACCCUAGCAAUUCAGAAAUUUCAAUGUCGUUCUUUGAUUUAAAAAACCACGUAAAAUUGGCACUAAGAAAUGUAUUUCAUUGUCAGCUGUUUAAAGAAACAGCAGGCCUUGUUUACAAAAAAUUCAUUCCCAAGGUGACUGGAGAGAAGCCAGCCACAAUUUAUGCCAUAAAAACUUUUUGAUCCAGUGUUACUAUUUUGAUGGACUAGGAAUUUUAUCAUUAAAAUCUUAGACUAGGUAAGUGCUACCUAAAAGAUACAUUAAGUGAUACAGUACUUUGAAUCUAGUUUUUAGAUUCUCAAAAUUCAUAUAUCCUUGCUUAGUGCAAUUUGGUUCUUGAAAAUAAAAUUUAAGCAUGUUUACAAAGGUUUAGUUUUGUAAUAAGGUGACUAAUUUAUCUAUAGCUGCUGUAGCAAGCUAUUAUAAAACUUGAAUUUUUAUUAAUGGUGAACUUUAAAAUGUUUUUUUAGCUAGUUUGUCUUGCCAUACAUAACAUUUUUAACCCGUAAGGCUAAGAACAUGGUGUUUAAAACUGCGCUCUAAACAGUGGGAAUACCAAAGAAAUUAUAAACAACGUAAAUGCUGUGGCUCCUACGUGGGGCUUCAGCAUACAGGUUGCUUUAUGGUAACUUUUUUGUACAUCAUAAUUUGAGUGAAAAUUAAGUACCCUUUCAAACUAUUUAUAUGAGAAAGUCACUUUAUUACUCUAAGGCAGUGGUCGCCAAUCUUUCGGACCUCAUGGACCACUGGUUGGCAAUCGUUGCUCUAAGAUAUCCCUAAGGAUUAUUAUUUUUUAUUUAGUGUGACUAAGGCUUUAUUUACAUUUGCAAAACUGCUAAGGUCCUUUUUAAAUUCCUACACGAGUUAAGCUUGAUCACUUUGACACUGUCCUUAACACCUGACCUAAACUUCUAUUAAGGCAGAAAAGUAUUAAAUGUAUACCAAUUCCCAGCGAUCUAUUUAUUUAAAAAACAAGUAAACUUCACAUAAGAAGUUGGUAUAUAGACUAGUUCUACAUAAAUGUUUUUGGAAAAAUGUAAUUUCAGCAUCAAAAAUGGAUUUAAUUAGAAAACAAAUUAGAUUGUUUAUUGUUACUAGACGUGUGAAUCUCUUCUUUGAAGAAAUUAUAAAAUUUAAGCUAUUAUGGCAUGAAAUCUUCUGUAUAGUUUGUUUUUAAAUUGUUUCGGUAUUUUGUCUGGAAAGAAAACA